AUGGAAGAAGACGAAGAAAAGAAGUUAUCUGAAGGAAACCUCGACGACGUUACUGAUAAGCAUGAGAGUAGAAUAGAUGCAUUUGAUAUAGGAAACCCUAGUUUUCUCGCUAAUGAAAACGCUCAGGUAGGGUUACAAACGAUUAGUUCAGUUGACGCAGUACUCAAAGAUGACCAUUUCGAACAAGUUUCUCUAAGAGAAGAAACAACAAAUCUAGAUUCUCUGCCUCAAUCACCAAACCCAAAGGUUACAAUGCAAAACGUUUCUCCAGAGCUGCUGCAUCUAGUUGAUUCAGUCAUCAUGGGAAAGCCUGAAAGCUUACACAAACUAAAGAAUCUUGUAAACGGCGUUGAGAAUUUGGAGCCUGGAGAUGAUCCAGAGACUACUGCUUUCCUUGUUAUUGACUCUCUUCUCGCUACAAUGGGUGGUGUUGAGAGCUUUGAAGAGGAUGAAGAUAGUAACCCACCUAGUGUGAUGCUAAACUCUCGUGCCGCCAUUGUAUCCGCUGAGCUCAUCCCUAGCCUUCCUUGUGAUAACGACAGUGCUACCUUCAUGUCUCCUAGGACACGCAUGGUGAGAGGGUUGCUAGCGAUUCUACGUUCUUGUACUAGAAACAGAGCUAUGUGUUCAACGGCAGGGCUGUUAAGUGUUCUCUUGAGAUCACUGGAGGAGAUACUUUCAAAAGACACCGCCAUUGCUGCUGCUUCUGCGGCUAAGUCAGGAAACACAUCUGCUGCUAAUGUACAUACUGGUGAAGGUACUGGUCACAUGCCACGUCUCUUCAGCUUCUUGACUCCUGAAAAUAACCAAGGGAUAGAGGUUUAUUUCUACGCACAGUUUUUAGUAGUUGAGAGUAGUAAUGGUAAAGGAAGUAAAAACUCAUUGCAUUUCACUCAUGCCUUUAAGCCUCAGUGUUGGUACUUUAUUGGUCUUGAACAUACUAAUGGUAACCAAGGACUCUUAGGUAACUCAGAGAGUGAGUUACGUCUCUAUAUUGAUGGUUCCUUGUAUGAGACUCUUCCUUUUGAGUUUCCUCGUAUAUCCAAACCACUUUCCUCUUGUUGCAUUGGUUCAAACCCUCCUCCUCCUCCUACAACUCCUAGUCUACUAAACCGUCGUCGUCGCCGGUGUGCUUUGUUUGCUGAGAUGGGGCCAGUUUAUAUAUUUAAAGAACCUAUUGGUCCUGAAAGAAUGACAAAGUUGGCUUCUAGAGGUGGUGAUGUGUUGCCUUGUUUUGGCAAUGGGGCUGGUCUUCCAUGGUUAGCUACAAGUGACCAUGUCCGAAUUGCGGCAGAGGAAAGCUGUCUUUUGGAUUCAGAGCUUGGAGUAUACAUUCAUCUACUUUACCAUCCAUGUUUACUUAAUGGAAGGUUUUGUCCAGAUGCUUCUCUUUCUGGAGCUACAGGUACUAUAAGAAGACCAGCUGAAGUGAUAGGACAAGUGCAUGUUGCAACAAGAAUGAAGGCAGGGGAGUCUUUCUGGGCCUUAGCUUAUGGAGGACCAAUGUCUUUGCUUCCUCUAACAGUUACCAAUGUGGUUAAAGAUAGCUUGGAACCAUCUUCUAGAGAUCUCCCUCUGCCUUUGACUACAUACUCUCUAGCUGCACCUAUCUUUAGAAUCAUCUCAGUUGCUAUCCAACACCCUGGGAACAAUCAAGAGCUCUCUCGUACUAGAGGCCCUGAGAUUCUUGCCACUAUACUUGGUUACCUUCUUCACUCACUUGCAUCCCUUAGAGUAGAAGAUGAGGAGUUAGUUGCUGCCAUUGUUUCGGUUUGUCAAUCUCAGAAGAUCAACCAUGCACUCAAAGUGCAGCUCUUCCGGACAUUAUUAUUGGAUCUCAAGAUAUGGAGUGUGUGUGAUUACAGACUUCAGAAGAAGUUGUUGUCUUCUCUUCAAGAUAUGGUGUUUACUGAAGCUACAGCUAUGAGGAAUGCUGAUGCUAUUCAGAUACUUUUAGAUGGGUGUAGGAGAUGUUACUGGACUAUUCAAGAGAAAGACUCUGUGAACAGCUUUUCUCUAGAUGGAGAUGUGCGUCACAUGGGAGAAGUUAAUGCUUUGGUUGAUGAGCUUCUUGUGAUUAUUGAGCUUUUAAUGGGAGCAGCUUCUCCUUCUUUUGCUCCUGCUGAUGUUCAUAGGUUACUUGGUUUUAUAGUUGAUAGUCCACAGCCAAAUCAGGUUGCAAGAGUGUUGCAUCUCAUGUUUAGGUUGGUUGUGCAGCCAAAUGCUGCAAAGGCUCAGACAUUUGCAGAGGCAUUUAUUACAUCUGGUGGGAUAGAAACACUUCUUGUUCUGCUGCAGAGAGAAGCUAAAACAGGUGAUGACAAUGUUGUAGAAUCUGUGGCUAAGGAUGAACCAAGCGUGCAGACUGAUCAUAGAGAAAAUGAUCAGCACAAUGAGCCUAGCUUGUUGAAGCAGUUGGAAUCAGUUCCACAAGACACUCAUGCUCAUGAUGAUAAUGAAGAAACAGAUUCAGUUCCACAAGAAAAAGUUCAUUCUGAAAGUGAUUCAGUUACCAUCUCAGAAACCAUGAAUGUUGCUGACAGAACAUCCUCUGUUUCUGAAACUCUGCCCAGUAACAACACAAGGAACAAUGCAAGAAGCAAUGUUGAUGAUAGUGACCGUGUUGUGGUUAUGAUCAUAAGAUUGAUAGGUGCCUUGAUUUCACAAGGGCACUUGAAACUUUCUCUUGGUGCUGAAUCUGAUGUCAUGAGUAACCUAAUGGGUAGUGCGAAUGGAACAAUGUUUGAUGAUAAAGUCUCAUUGCUUCUUUUUGCUCUCUUGAAAGCAUUUCAAGCAGCUCCAAACAGGCUGAUGACUGACAAGGCUUAUAAAUCUCUGCUUGGUGCUUCGAUUAAAGCUUCAUCACCUGAGGAUGGCCUGAAGUUUUAUGAUUCGGUUCAGCGCUUUGAACACCCUCAGCUUCUGUUAAUCCUCCUGCGUUCUUUACCAUACGCAUCUAAGGCUCUACAACAUAGAGCACUUCAGGAUAUUCUGUUUUUGGCUUGUACUCAUCCGGAAAAUAGGAGCAGCCUGACAAAAAUGGAAGAGUGGCCUGAGUGGAUCUUGGAGAUUUUGAUCUCAAACUACGAGAAAGAUGCAGGGAAACAAUCUGCUUCACCUAGCUCUGAUGAAGUGGAAGAUCUUAUUCAUAGCUUCUUGAUCAUAAUGUUACAAUACUCAAUGCGCCAGAAAGAUGGUUGGAAGGAUAUUGAGGCUACAAUUCAUUGUGCAGAGUGGCUCUCUAUUGUUGGUGGGUCUAGCACUGGAGAGAAGCGAAUAAGGCGUGAGGAAUCACUACCAAUAUUCAAAAGAAGGCUUCUAGGUGGAUUGUUAGACUUUGCUACCAGAGAACUACAAGCUCAGACUCAAGUUAUUGCUGCAGCAUCUGCUGGUUUUGCAGCAGAGAGUCUAGCACCAAAAGAUGCAAAGGCUGGAGUAGACAAUGCUGCUCAGCUUUCAGUGUUUCUUGUGGAAAACACAAUUGUGAUUUUGAUGCUUGUGGAAGAUCAUCUGCGACUACAAAGCAAGCAAAACUGUGCUGCUAACGCAGUUGAUAUUUCUCCAUCUCCUCUCUCUCUUGUUUAUCCUAUUAACAACCGUUCACAGACAUUGACAACAGUAGUAGAAUCCUCAGAGGUUUCUAGUAGCCGAGCUUCAGUGUCCAGUGAUUCCGGAGGGGUUCAUUUAGAUAUACUUGCUUCAAUGGCUGAUCCAAAUGGCCAGAUAUCUACAGCAGUAAUGGAGCGUCUAGCUGCAGCAGCAGCAGCUGAGCCCUAUGAAUCUGUUUCUUGCGCUUUUGUUUCAUAUGGAAGCUGUACAAUGGACUUAGCUGAGAGUUGGAAGUACAGGAGUAGAUUAUGGUUUGGUGUUGGCCUCCCUCCAAAGAUAACUUGUUUUGGUGGUGGUGGAAGUGGUUGGGACUCUUGGAGAUCUGCUUUACAAAAAGAUGCUAAUGGAAACUGGAUUGAACAUCCACUGGUUAAAAAAUCAGUAACAAUGCUUCAAGCGUUGCUGCUAGAUGAGUCUGGACUUGGAGGUGGUUUAGGGAUUGGUGGAGGGUCUGGUACUGGCAUGGGAGGGAUGUCAGCUCUUUACCAGUUGCUGGAUAGUGAUCAGCCUUUCUUAUGCAUGCUUAGGAUGGUGCUUUUGUAUUUGAGGGAAGAAGACCAUGGUGAAGAUAGUCUGUUGAUGAAAAAUCUAAGUUCUGAAGAUGGUUCUUCUGAUCCUGUCUCAUUAGAUAUCAGUUCCAAGAUCUCACCAUCAGCUUUAUUGUGGAGUGUCCUCUCUCCGGUUCUAAACAUGCCAAUAUCUGAUUCAAAGAGGCAGAGAGUAUUGGUUACUACAUGUGUUCUAUAUUCUGAGGUUGGUAUUUUGUAUUAUUUUGAGUGUUUUUUUUUUUCCAUUUUUCUGAUUCCAAGUCUGUUGCAGGUAUGGCUUGCUGUCAGUAGAGACAAAAGGCCACUAAGAAAGCAGUAUCUAGAAGCUAUUUUACCACCAUUUGUUGCGAUUCUCAGGAGGUGGAGACCUCUUCUUGCUGGCAUUCAAGAACUCGCCACUGGUGAUGGUGUGAACCCCCUUGUAGUUGAUGAUCAUGCUUUAGCUGCUGAUGCACUCCCCAUUGAGGCUGCUCUCUCUAUGAUAUCUCCGGAGUGGGCAGCUGCUUUUGCAUCUCCACCUUCUGCAAUGGCACUAGCCAUGGUAGCCGCAGGAGCAGCUGGUUGGGAAGCACCAGCACCUCCAGCGCCACCAGCACCACCAGCUCUUAGGAGAGACACUUCAUUGCUUGAGCGUAAGACUACAAAACUCCAAACCUUUUCAAGCUUCCAGAAGCCCUUGCAGGCUCCAAAAGAUGACACACCAGGUAAACCAAGAGAUAAAGCUGCUGCAAAAGCGGCUGCUCUGGCUGCUGCAAGAGAUCUUGAACGUAAUGCCAAGAUUGGUUCUGGUAGAGGCCUUAGUGCUGUGGCCAUGGCCACGUCCUCGCAGAGAAGGACUAUUAGUGAUAUGGAGCGGUUACAGAGAUGGAAUGUCUCUGAAGCCAUGGGAGUAGCGUGGAUGGAGUGUCUACAGCCAGUGGAUACAAAAUCAGUUUAUGGGAAAGACUUUAAUGCCUUGUCUUACAAGUUUAUUGCUGUGCUUGUUGCAAGCUUUGCCUUAGCAAGAAACAUGCAGAGAUCUGAGAUUGACAGGCGUAUAAGAGAUGAUAAUAUAGUGAGGAAUCGCUUAUGCAUGGGAGUUCGUAGUUGGAGAAAGCUAGUACGUUACUUGGUGGAGAUGAGAUGCUUCUUUGGACCCUUUGGAGACAAUCUAUGCAGUCCCAAACAGGUUUUGUGGAAACUGGAUUCUAUGGAGAGUUCUUUGAGGAUGAGACAGUGUUUAAGGAGGAAUUAUUCUGAUACUAAUCAUCUUGAGGCAGCAAGAAACUUGAGUUGUCCAUCAAGUGCAGAGUUUCUUGUUGAAGAAGCAAUAUCAAAGAAGAUUAUAAUGUGUGAAGAGGAUGAUGCACAUGGAGAUGAAGAUGAUGUUGAAAUAGAGGGAGAUGUUGGAGAACACAAAAAUGAAGAGAGGAUGUCUGGUUCACUUGAGGAUGCAAUACAACUUUCAACUGGAAUCAGUGAUCCUAGACCAUUGAGUGACCAAGAUGUGGUUCAGGAUUCUAAAGAAGUAGUUCUCAAGGAGCUUGAUGAAAGGAUUGUUCUUGAAGUUUCCUCUUCUAUGGUCAGACCACUAAGGGUUGUGAAAGGAACCUUUCAGAUUACAACAAAGAGAAUAAAUUUUCUUGUUGAUAUGAGUGAAGGCCAACAUGUAGAUGGUAAGUCAGAUGGCUCAGAAUCAAGGAACCAAGAAAGAGACCGUAGUUGGCUAAUGUCUUCUCUUCAUCAGAUUUAUAGCAGAAGAUAUGAACUGAGAAAGACUGCUCUUGAAAUAUUUAUGGUCGACCGUUCAAACUUCUUAUUUGAUUUUGGGAACACUGAGGGAAGAAGAGAGGCGUAUAAGACCAUUGUUCAAGCAAGGCCUCCUCAUUUAAAUCAUAUAUACUUGACAACUCAGAGUCCAGAACAGCUUUUGAGAAGAACUCAGUUAAUGGAAAAAUGGGCUAGAUGGGAGAUCAGCAACUUUGAGUACUUAAUGCAGCUCAACACAUUAGCUGGACGUAGUUAUAAUGACAUCACUCAGUAUCCUGUCUUCCCAUGGGUUCUGUCUGACUAUGUAUCAGAAGUUCUGGACCUUACAAACCAAUCUAACUACAGAGAUCUUUCCAAGCCAAUUGGUGCAUUGAACCCGGAGAGGUUAAAGAAGUUUCAAGAACAGUAUUCAAACUUUAAAGAUCCAAUCAUCCCCAAGUUUCAUUAUGAUUCACAUUACUCUAAUGCUACAACAGUGUUGUAUUAUCUAGCUAGAGUGGAACCUUUUACAACUCUUUCAGUUCAAGAACAAGGUGGAAAGUUUGACCGAAUGUUUUCAGACAUUGCAGCCACUUGGAAAGGUGUUCUCCAAGAUAUGAGUAAUGUCAAGGAGCUGGUUCCAGAGUUGUUUUACCUUCCUGAGGUAUUGACCAACGAGAACUUAAUCAACUUUGGUACAACACAGUUGGGAGAUAAGCUUGAUUCUGUAAAACUUCCUCCUUGGGCUAAGAACCCAAUAGACUUUAUACACAAGCAACGAAUGGCUCUAGAGAGUGAACAUGUCUCUGCACAUUUACAUGAAUGGAUUGAUCUCAUUUUUGGGUAUAAGCAACGUGGUGAAGAAGCUAUACAGUCCAAUAACGUUUUCUUCUACACUACAUACGAGGGGAAUGUUAAUAUUGAUAAGAUCACAGAUCCUGUAAAACAAAGAGCUACUCAGGACAAGAUUUCUUCUUUUGGACAAACACCAUCUCAGCUAUUAACUGCCCCUCACAUCAAAAGAAUGCCUUUAAAAGAUGUCCUUCACAUGCAGACUAUCUUUAAGAAUCCAAAAGAGAUAAGACCAUAUCAUGUUCCAUCUCCAGAACACUGUAACUUACCUGCUUCAGCCAUCAAAGCCACUUCUGAUAGUGUUGUGGUCGUUGACAUGAACGUGCCUGCAGCACAUAUUGCACAUCACAAGUGGCAACCUAACACUCCUGAUGGCAACAAUGUUCCUUUCAUAUUUCAUCAUGGGAAGGCUGGAGGGGCACUAACACGCAUGUUCAAGGGUGAUUCAGAUUAUCCUCAAGCACAUGCAUUUGCCUCAUUAGGAAUCAGAAGUUCCUCGGUCACUGCUAUUACAAGUGAUGGAGAAGUUAUAACUGGUGGACAUGUGGAUAACAGCAUCAAGCUAGUCUCAUCAGAUGGAGCAAAAACACUUGAAACAGCUUUUGGUCACUGUGGUCCUGUAACAUGUCUAGCUUUGUCUCCAGACAGCAACUUCCUUGUGACAGGUUCACGAGACACAACUCUUAUGCUGUGGAAACUUCACAAGGGAGUCAUCUCUCAGACAAAUGAGUCAGAACAGAACAAAAGCUCUGAGACAACAACUUCCUCCACAAGCAACACCAAAAAGCGUCGCAUUGAAGGGCCAAUACAAGUUCUCCAUGGCCACCUAAGAGAGAUAACAUGUUGCUGUGUUAGCUCAGAACAAGGGAUCGUUGUGUCUUCAUCUGAAUCAUCUGAUGUGUUAUUGCAUUCUGUAAGAAACGGUCGGCUAAUAAGACGGCUUGUGGGAGUCAAGGCACAUGCUCUCUGUGUUUCUUCUGAUGGUGUUAUAGUUGUCUGGAGUAGAUCAGAUAACUCUAUCACCACCUUCACCAUUAACGGAGCUCUCAUUGCCAAAGCCAAGCUUCCUUCCUCAUGUAACAUAAGCUGCAUGGAACUAUCACUAGACGGCCAAAGUGCUGUGAUUAGUGUGAACUCAUUCUCAGACACUGCUGAACAAGAUUCAUCAAGUGGAGCCAAUGAGAUUGACAUCCCAUCUCCUUCAAUUUGCUUCCUUAACUUAUACACUCUCAAGGCAUUCCAUGUGAUGAAGCUUGGUGAAGGCCAGGAUGUAACAGCUAUGGCUCUGAACAUAGACAACACUAACCUCUUAGUUUCCACCGAAGACAAACAGUUGAUCAUCUUCACCAAUCCUGCUCUAAGCUCAAAGGUGGUGGAUCAGAAGCUUGGCUCUGAAUGA